AUGCAUAACUUAAGCUUUGCAAGCGAAGUGGACACAUACAUUGACAUUGGUUUAACAACCUCUGGGAAUUCUACAAGUCGCUAUUCUCCGGCAACCAUUAUAGGGCUCGCAGGGUUGGUGAGCUUCCUCAUCUUGUUUACAAUAGUGGGGAAUGUGCUGGUCGUUAUCGCCGUUUUAACGAGCAGAGCGCUCAAGCCACCACAAAACCUUUUUCUUGUGUCUCUGGCCAGUGCGGACAUUUUGGUGGCCACCCUGAUAAUCCCUUUCUCCCUGGCCAAUGAAUUAAUGGGCUACUGGUUUUUUGGGAAAGUUUGGUGUGAUAUCUAUCUUGCGCUAGAUGUUCUUUUCUGCACAUCUUCUAUUGUUCACCUGUGUGCCAUAAGUCUGGACAGGUACUGGUCUGUAACACAGGCGGUCGAGUAUAACUUGAAGCGGACGCCUCGCAGGGUAAAGGGCAUGAUUGUGGUGGUAUGGUUGAUCGCGGCUGUAAUCUCCUUCCCACCGCUCAUCUCCAUGGACCGGAAUAACGAGGGUGACAGCAGCGAACCACAAUGCCAGCUGAACGACCACACGUGGUACAUCCUGUACUCCAGCAUCGGGUCGUUCUUUGCCCCGUGUGUCAUCAUGAUCCUUGUUUACAUCCGAAUCUACCAGGUGGCUAAGACGAGAACCCGAAAUAUGUCUGAAAAGCGCCGUGAUCCAGAUGGUGGAUCAGGAACGCCACGGCUGGAGAAUGGCUUGAGCCGUGAGGAUUCUAGGCGGGAAAAUGGGCACUGUGCCUCGCCACCACCAGGGGAACGCAAACCAGGCGAGGAUGACCCAGAUGCCGAGCUGGAGGACAGCAGCUCAUCCGAUGAGAAGGCCAAGCGGACGCAAAACGAGAUGGCGCCCUCGCGAAAAGACCGCCGGUCCAGCCGCAAGAACAGCUCCAGCUCCAAGCAUUCCAGCCGGAAGUCCCGAGCCAGCAGCAAGUCCCUGGACUUGUUUUCCUCCCGCAGAAAAAGGAGGAACACCAUUUCGAGAAAAAAAAUUUCCCAGGCACGAGAGAAGCGGUUCACCUUUGUGCUGGCCGUGGUCAUGGGGGUGUUCGUGGUCUGCUGGUUUCCUUUCUUCUUCAGCUACAGCCUGUAUGGUAUCUGCCGGGAGCCCUGCGCCAUCCAUGACACCCUUUUCAAGUUUUUCUUCUGGAUCGGUUACUGCAACAGCUCCCUCAAUCCCGUCAUCUACACCAUCUUCAACCAGGACUUCCGGCGAGCUUUUCAGAAGAUCCUGUGCAAGUCCUGGAAGAGGUCUUUUUAGAGAACAUUGGCAGCUAGUUUGCAGCAUCCAGUGCCAUUAACAGGUGGUUGACAAGGAAGAGAAGUUUUCAAAAACACCACUGCCCCUUUGCAUUGACAAUCUGUACACAACAAUGACAUUGAUAUUUUUUCCUACUUCGUUGUGUAAUGUUCUUCAUGAGUCUGUGAGGACAACAGAUGCUGGUCACAUAGGUGGUACCAAAAGCUAAAUAUGCUUAAAAAAAAUAAGAAAAAAAAAUAAAACCCACCUGAAUUGGGAAGCACUGCACUGCAUUAGAGGAAACAGGCUUAUCUUUAUUAUGGCUGCUGGCAAUCUGAAGUUAUCAAGAGAUAUUUUUAUGAUGAGUUUGCACAUAUGGCUUGUGUCAUUGUGACUAGAGAGCUAUGUAACAUGAAAGGCUGUCUCCUUUUAUAUGGUGACAAAAAAGACAAACAAGAGAAGUGAAUUACCAAAAAGUGUGCUGUUUCCUUCCAGUGGAGAGAUACAAAACGGACACUGUUGGUUACGGAGUAUGAGAAGGUUGUUACCAGAUGACAGAUGAGAAGAAGAGUUUUGCCCUGAUGUGCUUGGGUAUUGCAUGGUUCGUCCUAAGGGUGCAAAGUCCUGACUGAACAGAGCUCUAUUUCUUAACUGUUCUUCAGUGAAAUUAAUCACUGUACUGCUGCUCUCUAACAUGCCAUAAAAGUAUACAGAAGAGGUAUUUACUGGACUAGACUUAAAAGAAACUGUAAGUGGUUUUGCGGUGAUGAUGAUAAAUAAUGAUACAUUUAUUUAUCUACAGGAUUUAUUUAUCAGAUAAUAAACUAUUUAAGCUUUGUGGCU